CCGCCGCGCCCCUCCCCCGCGCCCGCUCCGGCGCGCUCCGGGCAGGUAGAGCCGGGCUCCGGGCGCGCGCGGGGGCCGCAGCAGCUGCUACCCCACCUCGCCUCGGCCCUGCGCAGAGCCUCGCGCGCCCAUGGCUGGCUCGGAGCAGCAGCGGCCGCGGCGGCGGGACGACGGAGACUCGGCGGCGGCGCCCCUGCAGGACGCGGAGCUGGCCCUCGCCGGCAUCAACAUGCUGCUCAACAACGGCUUUAGGGAGUCGGACCAGCUUUUCAAACAAUACAGAAAUCGUAGCCCAUUAAUGAGUUUUGGAGCCAGCUUUGUCAGUUUUUUGAAUGCCAUGAUGACAUUUGAGGAAGAAAAAAUGCAGUUGGCAUGUGAUGACUUAAAAACCACAGAAAAGCUGUGUGAAAGUGAAGAGGUUGGAGUCAUUGAAACAAUCAAGAAUAAAAUUAAGAAGAAUGUUGAUGUCCGAAAAUCCACCCCCUCUAUGGUUGACCGGCUUCAGAGGCAGAUAAUCAUAGCUGACUGUCAAGUUUACUUGGCUGUGCUCUCGUUUGUAAAGCAAGAAUUGUCAGCAUAUAUAAAAGGUGGGUGGAUCCUUAGGAAAGCCUGGAAGAUUUACAAUAAAUGCUAUUUGGACAUCAAUGCCCUCCAGGAGCUGUAUCAGAAGAAGCUAACGGAAGAGCCCUUGACUUCUGACGCUGCAAAUGAUAAUCACAUUGUGGCUGAAGGGGUGUCUGAGGAGUCUCUAAACAGACUGAAAGGUGCUGUGAGCUUUGGAUAUGGCCUUUUUCACCUUUGCAUAUCCAUGGUGCCCCCAAACCUGCUCAAAAUCAUCAACCUGCUGGGUUUUCCUGGAGACCGCCUACAGGGGCUUUCUUCACUGAUGUAUGCAAGCGAAAGUAAGGACAUGAAGGCCCCUUUAGCUACAUUAGCGCUGCUCUGGUAUCAUACUGUGGUCCGCCCGUUUUUUGCCCUGGAUGGCAGUGAUAACAAAGCAGGCCUGGAUGAAGCGAAGGAAAUUCUUCUCAAAAAAGAAGCUGCUUAUCCAAAUUCUUCCCUCUUUAUGUUUUUCAAGGGACGCAUACAACGAUUAGAGUGUCAAAUCAACAGUGCCUUGACUUCCUUCCAUACUGCUCUGGAACUUGCAGUAGACCAGAGGGAAAUCCAACACGUGUGUCUGUAUGAAAUUGGUUGGUGCAGCAUGAUAGAGCUGAAUUUCAAGGAUGCGUUUGACUCCUUUGAGAGGCUAAAAAACGAGUCCCGGUGGUCCCAGUGCUAUUACGCCUAUUUAACCGCAGUUUGUCAGGGAGCCACCGGUGAUGUGGACGGGGCACAGAUUGUCUUUAAAGAAGUUCAGAAACUCUUCAAAAGGAAGAACAAUCAGAUUGAACAGUUCUCAGUGAAAAAGGCAGAGAGAUUUCGGAAACAAACCCCAACCAAAGCGCUGUGCGUGCUGGCGUCCAUUGAAGUGUUGUACUUGUGGAAAGCCCUCCCCAACUGCUCCCUCCCCAACCUACAGAGGAUGAGUCAAGCUUGCCAUGAAGUGGAUGAUUCAUCUGUCGUUGGAUUAAAGUAUUUGUUUCUUGGUGCCAUACACAAAUGUCUAGGGAACUCAGAAGAUGCUGUCCAGUUCUUUCAGCGAGCUGUUAAAGAUGAGUUGUGUCGUCAGAAUAACUUAUAUGUUCAGCCAUAUGCUUGCUAUGAACUUGGCUGUCUUCUGUUAGACAAACCAGAGACUGUAGGAAGAGGCAGAAGUCUCCUUCUUCAAGCAAAGGAGGAUUUCUCUGGCUACGACUUUGAAAACAGAUUGCACGUCCGCAUCCAUGCUGCUCUGGCUUCGAUGAGGGAAUUGGUUCCUCAGUGACAGACCCGAAGUUCCCGCUCUGUCCCUCCCCACACAGGUUCUGCACUUUAAAAGUAGAGGACACAGCUCUUACGAAGAUCAGCUCUUCUUCUGAAAACCACCUGGGCCUGGGACACAUUUUCUCAGUUAGGUUGAUGUAUUAAAGAUCUCCUCUUUUAAACACAUAGCUAAAAAGUAAUAAUGAUGAUGAUAAUAGUAAUAAUAACUAACCACCUGGGGAGAGGGUUAAGUGACCUUGUUCAAACAUUUUAGUUUUGUGAUUUAUUAUUUUUUAAAUAAAAUUCAACGAAAUAUUCAA